AUGAAUCCAAUAAUUCAUAUUGGAAAAGAAAUCAAGUCCACAUUCACCAAAGUCAAUGAAUUGACUAAUAGAAGUGUUUAUGGACAAGAAAUAAAAAUCGACGGCUUCAUAUGGUGAGUUGUUUAAAAAAAUAGCAACAUUGUGUACUCGAAUUCAUCUUUGUGAGAAAACGAUAAAAAAUUUAUGUCAAAAAAAUAUAGAUUCUAGAAAAAAAUAAUUAUUUGAUAAAUAUUGUUUAAAAAUCCCUUCAGUUUUCUGGUCAAUGAUUCUGCAAACGUUAACAGAUCAGAUGCACAAUAAAAUGAAAUGUUCAUGAAACUAUCUAUUAAUUUCCAGGAAAUCUGGAUUACUCAAAAACACCGACACCUCAAAUGUGGCAUAUCUUGUUCCAUUUCUCGAAGUCUCACCAUCGGUUUCUGUUACAAACUGGAUUUGCGAAGUUAAAGCAUCAUUUAGUGUUCACAAGGCGGAUGGUACAACUUUCAAAAAAGGUUUCGCCAAUCCUUUGUUUAUGACAAGUAAAAACACAUCCUAUGGACUUUACACUUUUAUGGAAUGGAAGAAUUUUUAUACUACUGAUUAUGUUCAAAACUUAUCCUCGACAAUUAGUUAUAUCUUUGAUCUCAAGUUUUAUAACUUUGAUCAAAGUAGUAUCAACUAUAGGGAUUUUGCUGUCAUCGUUGGUCAAGAUAAGUUCUUUACUAAUAAAGCGGUAAGGGUUUAAGUUCCGCAAAACUUUACUAUUCACCUAAAUUUUCAGUUAUUGGCUAUGAAUUCGAAGUUUUUAGCAGAUCAUUUAACUGCAUCAGAGCUGAAUUUGCUAUCUACAGAUAGCAAAGAUUUUGCAAUGUUUCUCGCAGCAGUUCAUCCGGAUCCGAUUCAAAUAACAUGUUAGUUUGAUAAAACGAGAAAUCAUAUUAAAUACCGUUAACAUUUUUUCAGCUAAUAAUUUUGGCGCGUUAGUUGAUCUUGCUCAUCGCUUGAACGCUGGUCCUUUGUUCAAGAAAUGCUUGGAUGUAGGAAUGAAUUCAACAACGAUUCCAUUGAUUGUUAAAGUCAGAAGUGCUGAAAAACUUGAAUCAGAUGAUAGAUUGAUGGUAAGUUAUUCUCUAGUUUUUCAAACUUGCCAUUUUAUAAAAAAAACAUUGAAAAUUGCGCAAAACUUGAAAUUAUUUUUUAUAGUCGAAUUUGUUUUAAACUUAAUUUUAUUUUUCCAGCAAGCAUGUAUUGAUUCAUUGAAAACCGCAAAAGAAUUCAAGGAUUUUGCCGAUAAACCAGAGUUCAAAACUCUCAAAGACUCCACCAAAAUUCGAUUCUUCACCGCUUCACUCAAAUUCAUCUAG